AUGGAAGAAACUAGAAAUGUAUUUACAUGCUCUUAUGGGGAAGAAGAUAGAAUCAGUAGGUUACCUGAUAACUUGAUUCAUCACAUCAUGUCUUUCAAUGAUAUGAAAUAUGCUGUUUGGACUAGUCUUCUGUCCAAAAGAUGGAUUCAUGUUUGGAAAUCUUUACCGAUUCUCAACUUCUGUAGGAGUUCAUUUUCACCUAGAAAAACUAAGAGGUUUAUAGAAUUUGUUUACUUUGUAUGCAUAUUUCGCUAUGACACAAAUAUGCAGAAGUUUAAUGUGCAGUGGUGGGAUCCUGAAUCUGGCAUUGAGAAUAAGAUGAUUAUGAAUGUUAAUAGAUGGAUCCUUUUUGCCGUUAAGCGUGAUGUUCAGGAAAUAAGUAUAAAAAUUGAAUUCUUGCGUAAAUCGGUAUAUGAAAUUCCUCACCUACUCAUAAAUUGUAAGUCACUUAGAGCGCUGGAUAUAAUAAUAAUGCAUGAAGCUGGCGUAGAUAUUAUUCUACCAACAUCAAUGAAUUUGCCUCAGCUUAGAGUACUAUAUUUACGUGGAUUAUCAUACUCGGAUGUUGAAUUAUCUGCAAAACUCUUAUCAAGUUUCCCAGUUCUUGAAUCUUUACACAUAUUUCAUUGCGAUAUACAAAUGGAUAAUCAUGGGAAUUUGAUUGUUGCUUCUGCCACCCUUUAA